AUGCAGUUCACAAAGUUCACUCUCCUGGUCGCCAUGACCCUGAUCGCCCUCCUGUCUGUCAUCUCUACCUCUGAGGCCGCAACCAAAAUUCAGUUCGGAAAGAAGGCCAGUGGAAAGGCCACCUGGUUCAACGGCAAAGAUGCUGAAGAUGUCGCAUGCUACGGAAUCCUCGAGAACAAGGACGUCAACGCCAAGGACAGCUGGCACAUUGCCGCCAUGCGUCUCUCCCAGUUCUCUGGCGGCGUCAAGAACGCUUGCUUCGAAUGUCUCCGCAUCACUGCCGGCUCUCGCUCCGUCAUUGCUCGUAUCAUCGACGACUGCUCUAGCUGCGGUGCUGGACAUGUUGAUCUGUCCCUCAGUGCGUUCACAACAUUGGCACCCAAGAGCAAGGGUGUUGUCUCGAUCAAGUAUGAGUUCGUGAGAUGCCCUUCUUCCGGUAGCAACUUGAAGUGGCCCAAGUCCCCUUCUGUCAAGAAGAACUAA